UUCCGGGUCGUUGGCCAAGUUCUGUGGUUUCUGCGGCGGCCGGCGAGGUGGUUGGGGAAGUAGGCACCUCCUCCUGGUCUCCGCCGUGCUGCGUCUGUCUACUCCGCAGCGGGAAGCGUCUUCCCCACAGUGCUCUUUAAAUAACAGAUUUAAGAGAACAGGAAACUGAAGGGGAAGGCGUGCAGGUUGUAGCAGAAGGUCAUCGGAACCCACAACUUGACAGAUAUCAAUGCAAGACUGAAUAAGGAAAACAGUUUCUCCCUCUAAGCCAUGGCAUAUCAGUUGUACAGAAACACCACUUUGGGAAACAGUCUUCAGGAAAGCCUCGAUGAGCUCAUACAGUCUCAACAGAUCACCCCCCAACUUGCCCUUCAAGUUCUUCUUCAGUUUGAUAAGGCUAUAAAUUCAGCACUGGCUCAGAGGGUCAGAAACAGAGUCAAUUUCAGGGGCUCUCUAAAUACAUACAGAUUCUGCGAUAACGUGUGGACUUUCGUAUUGAAUGACGUUGAAUUCAGAGAGGUGACAGAACUUAUUAAAGUGGAUAAAGUGAAAAUUGUAGCCUGUGAUGGUAAAAAUACCGGCUCCAAUACUACAGAAUGAAUAGCACAAUGGCUUUUUGUAUGUCGUCUUCUGUUACUGUUCAUCACUUUUUAAAGAGAAGCCUAGAAGAGACUUUUUAUUUAUUCUAGCAUUACAGAAAUGACUACACUGUGCUGUACUAUCAGAGAAUCCAGUAGAAAGGUUAUAACUCUGUAGCCUCUUACAUCACCUUGAUUAUACAACAUGAAGAAACAGAACUUUUUUUUAAUGACAAAUCAAACAUCGUUGCCUUCCUAAUAGCAUUCUUUAAUAAACUUGUUUUAAAACUCAA